CAGAUAGUGACUUGCAUUGAGAAGGGGCAGGAGGCUCCCCUCGCCCAGCCACAGCCCCUGGCCGACUUGGGGAGGAAGAAGGAACCAAAUCACUUCCUGACCCUCGCUUUGUCUGCCCAAGACUGGUGAAGACACCAAUGGAGAACAGACUUCCCUGAGGACUUCUCAGAGUCUGUCCCAGGGGUUCCAUCAUUUUGGCCUUCCUGACCCCCAGAAGCAGUUGAUUCUCACCCUCUGCGUGUGAAGAAGACCCUUCAGCACACUCUGGCCCACCUCCCGCUGCUCAAUUUAGCAGGGCUCUCAAAGGCCCUGGGCUGCUCCUGGGAGCUCUGCAUGAGCAUCCGGAGAGGCAGAACAUGGAUCCACCUGCUGUCUUGCUUCCUCCUCAGUCUCAGACCUGCACCCACCUGGCAGAAGAAACCUGCAUGGAACAGGAGAGCAGCCCAGCCACCGCAGAGGUGGGCGGAGACUCACUUCCCAGUGGUCAGCUGCCCAGCUCUGGCCUCACCGACACUGACUGGUUUUGGGACGAGCACAUCCAGGCAAAGAGGGCCAGAGUAGAGACCAUUGUCCGAGGCAUGUGUCUCUCUCCUAGUUCGUUGGUGUCGGGCAGAGCCAGGGAGAGCUCGCACUGUCCAGAAAAGGGUCGGGAGCGGAAGAGAAAGCAGAGCCUUCCCAUGCACCAAGGUCCCCUGAAAUCUAGCCCUGCCUGGGAACGAGGGCCCAAGAAGGGGGGGACCCGGGUGAAAGAACAGCUUCAUCUACUGAAGCAACAGCUAAGACAUUUGCAGGAGCAUGUCCUACAGGCCACAGAGCCCAGAGCACCAGCGCAGAGCCCGGGAGGAACUGAGCCAAGAAGCUCCCCGAGGGCAAGGCCAAGGAACAGCUUCUCAUCUGGUGCUUGGACCGUGGAGAGCAAGCCUCACCAGAGUUCUAGCAAGGACGUCGUCUGUGGAGCAGUAAAGCCCAGAGCAGCUGAGGUCCUACAGCAGUUAGAGGAGCCGAUGCUCUGUCCUUCUGGCCCACGGGCUUUGGUGGAGACUCUGAGGAAAGAACUGAGCAGGGCCGUGUCCCAAGCUGUGGACUCGGUAUUACAGCAGGUUCUAUUUGAUCCACAGAGCCAUCUCACGCAGCAGGAGCGAAGCUGUCAGGGGCUAGCAUCAGAGGGCAGAAGCCAGCCUUCACCUCCAGGGAGAAGUGCCUAUCAGGACCCACUUGCUCUUGCCACCCUGCCCAGAAAGGUCCAGCCACAAGCUGGGGUUCCCUUGGGCAAUUCAACACUGGCAAGGCCUCUAGAUUCUCCUAUGUGUCCUGUCUCUCCAAGAGGAGUCCCCAGAUCCUAUCAGAGUCCCCUACCAAAUUGUCCCUUGACAACUGUACCUUCCCACAUCUGGGACAAUCAGAUGCUUAGGCAGCUUCUAGGUCGUGGGCCCGAUGGCCAUUGGAGUGGCAGCCCUCCCCAGGACGCAUCUUUCCAAAGUCAUACCUCCCCAGAAUCUGCCCAGCAACCUUGGGGGCUGAGCCAGCAGCAGCUCCCCCUGUCUCUCACCCCGGUCCAUCUGGAAAGCCGGCCCCUCCCACCGCCUGUGAAGAUGGAGCAGGGUGUGCUGCGGGGCGUGGCUGACUCACUUCCUUGCUCUUCCAUCCACAUCCAGGAAGGCCUGAGCCCUGGUCACCUGAAGAAGGCCAAACUAAUGUUUUUCUUCACGCGGUACCCCAGCUCCAGCCUCCUGAAAGCUCAUUUCCCUGAUGUUCAGUUCAACCGCUGCAUCACCUCCCAGAUGAUCAAGUGGUUCAGCAACUUCCGUGAAUUUUAUUACAUCCAGAUGGAAAAGUACGCCCGGCAAGCGCUUUCAGACGGUAUCACAAACGCCCAAGUGCUGGCUGUCCUACGAGACUCGGAGCUUUUUCGAGUUCUCAACACACACUAUAACAAGGGGAAUGACUUUGAGGUCCCAGACUGCUUCUUGGAAAUUGCCACCCUGACACUGCAGGAGUUCUUCAGGGCUGUCUUCGCAGGGAAAGAUUCAGAUCCUUCCUGGAAGAAACCCAUUUACAAAGUUAUCUCAAAACUCGACAGUGACAUCCCAGAGAUGCUCAAAUCACCCAGCUUCCUCCCGGGACUGUUCCCGAGUUAAGAUUGAACAGAAUGAGGGCAAGUAUGAUGGCACAGGCCUGGGAGUCCAAGGUGAGGUGGAGGCAGGUGGAUCAGGAACUUAGGGACAGCCUUGGCCACAAAGACAAAGAUCAAACAAAACUAGUAGAACAGCCCAGGUGGUCCAAGCUUUGUCAUAAACGGCAGUUUAGCUGUAGUCACAUCAGAGCACAAGAGGAACCCCUCCCAUAGGUGCAACUGCCAUUCUGAAUACUCACUUUCUUGUCCAGAAUCAUAGGAGACUUAACCUUAAUUGCAGUGCAUCAGCUAAGUCUAUCCGUGUGUUUGUAGUCUACUGGGAAAGGAACACAAGUUUGCAAUCAGAAGACUUAAAAGUCAUUAAGUGCUGUGGCAGUGAUAAUUUCCUGGUGUUCCUGUAACUCUGGAAGGAGAUUCAUAGCCAAGUAGUGGUGGUAAACAGGUUUAAUCCCUGCAUGGAGAGGCAGAGAUAGGUAGAUCUGUGAGUUGGAGGCCAGUCUGGUCUACAGAGUGAGUUCCAGGACAGCUAGAGCUACACAAAGAAACCCUGUCUCAGCACACAAAAACAAAACAAAACAAAACAAUCAAAAAAGCCCCAAGAAAUUUUGAACUGUGGGUACCUCGUUGAUUCUUACUCCAAGGUACAGGAUCAAUCAGGACUGUGGAGGAACCAAUGGCUGUGUACGCUGGACUCACGCUGUCACUUGGAAUCUCCAACAGGAAAAAUCCAUACCAACAGGGCACCUGCAGAGUGGCACUGCCAUCUGAUCAGGUUGGCACUCAGGAGUGUUUCAUCAUCUAAGACGUUCACUGAUGGCUUCAACAAACUUCCUAAAGAACCUCGGUCGACACGACUGUGGCCUGCAUCUGUCUGCUGGAACACUGGGUCAGCUCCCAGUCCUAACAGCCCUACUUGACCUAUACCCUGGUGCCCAACUGCCCAUGCAUACAAAAAUAUAUAUAAGUAAAAAAUGGAACUUCAUGAGAAAGCCAGAGGGGCCUCGAGGACCAUCUGGUCCACCUUGUUUAACCUGUGGAGGAAAUUGAGACUAGCAUACAAUCUACAGGGCUCACAGGCCAUGAAUAGCAGGGCUGGGACAAAGGCAGAAAUGGAGAUUUUCCUACUUCAAAAUGGUUACAGUUUAUGAUUGAACUUGAGCAGAUGAACAAAUGACACCCGAGUUCCCCCCUAGUUGUGACAGACGCUGAGUACCAUUAGGUGAGGCACCCAUACAAUGGGACACCUGUCUUCUAGUCAGAACCAAGCCUGUAAGCACUGCUGAAGGUGGGCAGGGCAGAGUAGACUUCAGGUUUCAGUGUUAAAUGAGGGGCAGUCGUGCCUACAGUAGCUCCCUUCCCUGCCUUCAACCUACAACAAGCUCCAUCCACAUCUAGGUCCUCUACCUACAUGACUUGAUGGGUGGUGGUGUUGGCUAUUGCUAGACAUGUCGGACUACACCAAUACAAACAAGGUCUUUCUUCUGAAGUUUCUGUUCAAAUAGUGGAGAACAAAAACAAAACAUACUUAAAUCUAAUCUUUAUAGAUUACUU